AUGGGGGCGCCGCGCGAGCUCGAGCUAUCCGACGAGGUGGAGGGAGAGGAGGACGGCACCACCGACUUCGUCUUCCGCCUCGCCGGAGACCCCAUCCCGCUCCUCCCGACCGACUCCAACCCGCUCCCGCUCUUCGACCUGCUGUCCCCUCCCGCGCGCCCGCUCGUCGUCGCCGACCGCCACGCCACCGUCUUCCUCGCCCACCCCUGCGGGUUUAUAGCUGUGAGGACGAAGGAGUUGAUCGAAGCCGGCAAGGAGGCGCGCGAGAAGGGAAAGGCGAGCACCCGCUGCGCGCAGGACUGCUGCGUCGCCGACGUGCCCCUCCCUGGUGUAUCCCUCAUCGCGCUCUCCCAUGAUGAGUUUGUGUUAGCCGCCUGCACAGAUACUGAGAUCCAGUUCUUCUCGUUGGCGUCUCUGCUCACACAUAAGGAUGUGGUACCAUCCUCAUCAUGUAGCCUGGGACGAGCUGGCACUGUGAAAGAUUUCAAGUGGUUAAAUCAUGCCUCUGCAUCAUAUAUUGUACUCUCAAAUGGUGGGUUGCUUUGUCAUGGGAGUUUGGGCGAAGGCCUGAAGGAUGUGAUGGAAAACAUCAAUGCAGUGGAUUCCAUUGGCUGGGUACAUGGUGAUAGUAUUGUUAUUGGGUGUGUUCGAUUAAAUGAAGAUGACAAUGAAGAAGGAUAUCUUGUUCAAGUUAUAAGGACUAAAGAAAGCACAUUUUAUGAGAGCCCAGGCAAGCCAGAUGUUUAUACCUAUGUUGAUUUUUUCCACGGCAUUAUGGAUGAUGUUUUACCACCCGGAGAGAAUGGCGAUGACAAUGUCAUACUAGGGUUUGGUGUUGAGAAUGUUUCAUUAUUUCAAAAGAUCACUGUAACAGUUGGACCUGAACAAAAGGAGGUUGCCCCUCAACAUAUUCUACUCUGUUUGACUGGUGAAGGCAAACUAGUUGUACAUUACCUCGCCAGGAUUUCGGACCCUUCUGAUUUAACUCAUGCUACUGUGUCUACCAAUGAGGACUAUGAUGAAAAACAUAUUUCACCUGCAACUGUAUCUGAAAAGGAGCUGACUCCAAGUGUUACAGGCUCAGUAUCUAAGAGUAGCAACCAGCAGGAAAUGAAUGUGAAAAACAGUAGCUCAGCUUCAAAAGAACAGGAAACAACUGGCAAUUUGUUGCUUAUCUCUUCCAAUAAGAAGCCCUUAGACACCAAGCAAGUGAAUGCGACUGCUCCACUUGCAGCUUUGCUUAGCUUAGCAUUAACAGGAAACACAAAACCUACAAUAUCUUCCAGUUUUUCUACUGUCAAUAAUGAAGGCAUGAAUCCAACAGGAGGCAAUGCACCUAAUGGAUUAGCUCCUUCCUUGCAAUCAAGUAGCAGAAGUUUUGGAAACAGCCAAACUGGCUCUAGUGGAUCUGUCCCUGCCAAGACCGGAGAAAGGAAUGAGGUUGGUUUUGGAGUUCCUUCGCCGCAAACCAGUUACACUGCUGAUAGAAAAGUUUUUGGUGCUCCAGUUGCCUUAAGCUCUGUACCUUCACCAUCGAUAUCUCCAGCUAAACCUUCCCCAAUUGGAUCUUCGUCAAGUGGAUUUCGGACAGGAAACUCUGAAGCACCUCAAUCAUUGCGUGGAUCACCUCUGUCACAGCAAUCUAUGGGCAAAUCACAUAACAGCAGGACACAAGCACCAGCAGACUAUUCUAGAAACUCCAAGAUGGGCACAAGAUUCGAUUCUGAACAAGACUUGUCUAAAAAGUUUUACAGUAUAAAUGAAGUGAUGAAGGAGUUAAAUGCCCUACUAGCGUAUAUAGAAAAGGAUGGUGGUUUCAGAGAUGCCUGCAUAACCUUCCAGCAGCGUCCUCUUUCUAUGUUUGAGGAUGGCUUACAAAACCUUUUGGAGUUGUUGCAGGUCUUCAAGGGCAAAGUAGAGGAACAAUGUUCAAAAAUUGAAGAUCUGAGGAACAAGGUGUUUCAAGGUGAGACAUUCAAUGUUCUUUUGGCUAUCUUUUUAGAUAAAUACUUCAUGUCAUUUUUGCCAUUGUUUGUAAUUCAGACACAAUUAUCCAGUGUAUAUAAUGCACUGAACUCGCAGUUGGCAGCUGCUGAGCAGUUAUCUGAAUGCCUUUCAAAGCAGAUAUCUGUGUUAAAUAUUGGUUCUCCUACUAGGAAGCAGGGGGCGGUGACCAAAGAGUUGUUUGAGUCAAUUGGUUUAGCCCACACAACUGAUGCAACCAAAUUUUCAGGCAGCACUCCUAAGCCAAUUAAGCGGUUUCCAUCGGUGAAUGAGCAUUCAAAGGGAAUAUUAGGGCCUUCCAAGAGUGGUGAGCCUGAGACCGCUCGAAGGAGGAGAGAAUCACUGGAUAUGAGCCUGGCUAGUUUGGAACCUCAGAAAACAACUGUGAAAAGAAUAGCACAGCAACAACGCCUCAAGAUCAGCAGUGAUCUACCAUUCAGGUCAAACAAGAAAGUAUUUGAUUCUCAAAUGGCAGCAAUAUCACAGGAAAAGUCAAGCGAUAGCUCCAAUUCAUCUAUAGUAGAACCAUAUGUAAGCAGACUGCGUUCUCUGAGUGAAGUUUCAGAUGUAAAAGAAAAACCGUCAGGACCCCAACAGAACCCUUUCUUCAAAUGGGUAAAGGAAUCAACUGGGUCAUCUCAAAUGUCAGAGCAAAAGCAUUUUGAGUUACCAGGGCAAAUAAAAAACACUGCACAAUCUUCAAAAUUGACACCAUCUUCACCACCAUCAUUCAGUUACACACGUAUGGGUGCACAAGAUAGUAUCAACCCAUCCAGUGUUCCAUCCUUUGGAACAAAACAUACUGUGUCUAAGCCAAAUACUCUAACCUUCAAAACCACUAUAACCCCUAAAAGUAAUGGCCACACAGAGCCAAAUAUAUUACCUUCCAUAAUAGCUGCAAAAACUUCUCAGAGUCCACUGUCUGUGAAAACUACUGGGGAGUCUGGAGAUUUGCCUACAUUAACUAUGAAGAACAGACAGGAUAGUCAGUCAAUGCCAUCUUUGGGGAACAUAAAAGGACCAAGUGCUUCUCUGCAGAACAAGGGUGGCAUAUUUGGAGAUCUUGUCAAAUCGUCUUUUACUUCUGAACAUUCCAAACCUGCUGUAUUACAUGAGAAGACUGACCAGCUAAGUGGGGUUGGUGAUGCUGUACAGAACACUGUGAAAGAUACCCCCAAAAUGGCACCUCAACCUUCUGCAUUCUCGCCGGCUCCUGUUACUCAGACCAAUUUAUACUCCUUAAGGCCGACUGUUUCCUCUUCAGCCACAUCAGUCUCAUCAGGUGCGAAAACUUCGGAUGUUUUAUCUAGCUCAAUGCAGAAAGUUUCUCCAACAGUAUCUGGGGAUACUGUGUCUAGCUCAAUCCCUACACUUGCUAAGGAUUCGUCAACUGGCUUGAGUCAAAAUGCUUCCAAACCUGAAACACUAAUAUCAGAGGUAACUAGUACCAUAGUUUCUGCAAGUUCGACUUCAGUCAUAUCGACCAAUGAAAGCAAACCUUCAGUGCCUCCAACAACUGGCGCCAGCUUGCCUUCUACUCAUGUCUAUGUUCCUAAAACAGCGCCAACAGCAUCAGAAUCAGUUGUCACUUCCACAGGAAAAGAUGUAGGACCAAACACUGACACCAUCUCAACCGAUGAAGACGAUAUGGAAGAGGAGGCGCCUUCUGCAAGUGCCGAACUCAGCUUGGGAGCCCUUGGUGGAUUCAGCCUCGGGUCCCAGCCUUCUUCAAGUCCUCAAAAGUCUAAUCCUUUUGGUGCCUCCUUUGGUACAUCUGACAAUAAAAGUUCAGGCACACCAUUUACUUUGACAACCAGUCCAGGACAGCUUUUCCGGCCGGCAUCGCUAAGCAUUCCUUCAGCUCAGCCAGCCCAGCCAUCUCAAUCAACUAGCUCUAGUUCUUUUUCUAGUUCGUUCUCAAGCAGGCUUACUGGAUUUGGACAACCUGCACAAAUUGGAUCUGGCCAGCAGUCAGCAUUUGGGAAGCCUGCACAGAUUGGAGCUGGUCAGCAGGCAGGAUUUGGGCAGACAGCACAAAUUCAAUCUGGUUUUGUCAGCCUGCACAAAUUCAAUCUAGUUUUGUCAGGAUUUGGGCAGCCUGCACAAAUUGGGGCUGUCCAGUCAGGAUUUGGGCAGCCUGCACAGUUUGGUGCUCAACAGGCACUUGGAUCAGUGCUGGGUUCCUUUGGACAAUCGCGCCAGUUAGGAGGCAUAGGUUCUGAAGGAUUUCGUGGAUUUGCUAGCGCUUCUACAUCUGGGGGUUUUGGUUCUUUAUCUUCAAGUAAUGCUGGAUUUGCUGGUGCUGCAUCAUGUGGGGACUUUUCAGCACCCGCUGCUUCUGCAGGUGGUGGUUUUGCUGCUGCUGCUACUGGUGGAGGUUUUGCUGCUCUUGCCUCCAAAAGUGGCGGUUUUGCUGGUGCUACUCCAUCUGGUGGUGGUUUUGGAGGUGCCACUCAGGGAGGUGGCUUUGGCAGUGGUGAGAUCUCUGAAGUCGUGUUCUGUUUUGAACAAAUACUUACUUUUGGAGGGAAGUUUUGGAUAAAUGCUAAUGUGUGA